AUGGCAAGAAAUAAAAUAAUUCGAAUUUCUGAUGCUGACGAUGAAAAUAACUCAUUGAUCAGUGAAAAUAGUAGAACUAAACGAUCACGACGACGCUCUGGAAAUAAUGACAAAGGGAGCAUCUGUUGGAAGCAUUUUGAGCCAAAAAUUCCGAAAGAAGGAGAAGUUACAAAAUGCACUAUUAAUGGAUGUAAUGCGGAAUACAUAUGGCGUGGAUCAACUACUAACCUUCUCCGCCAUCUUAAGACUAAACAUAAUAUAACAUCCACAACAGCUACUCAACUAUCAUUAACAAACGAUAAGGAAGUUCUAUCAGUCAUUAAAUUUAUUGUCUCCUCCGUAUUACCUUUUAACUAUGUUGAUUUUUUAAGAUCUUCUGAACUCAUUAAUCAACAAAUUACUCCUAGCAUUAUAGAAAAGCAAACAGAUAAAGUACAUAAUCGCUUAUUCUCUCAAUUGAAACCAAAAAUUCAGCAAGCGAAAUUUGGCAUGGUCUCGGUUAGUAUGAUAAACUAUGAUGAAAUUGAUGAACGUAUCAUGAUCACUUAUGAUUGGCUAACUGAGGAUUUCGAAUUUCAUAAAAUCCUACUGUAUGUGGAAUAUCAUAUGGAAUCCUUCGUCGAUUUUUUGAAAAGUGAUACACUUGUUGACUAUAUUAUUCAGGCUUUAACUAAGUGGGAAUUAACUAGUUUGAAAUUUAUUAGCUGUAGACCAGAAGACUUCGAUGUUUUUAAUGAUCUAAAUAAUAAUCAUCUUUCUGAUGAUAUGCUGAAAAGAAAAAAUGAAGAUAUUAUCAUAUGCUUGAACGGGAGCAAUGAAGCUUUUUUAAUAAAGCACAGUUUAGAAAGGUGGGCCAAAGAAAAUAGUGAUACACAAGAAAUGAUUAAUAUUAUCACUUCUAUAGUGAAUGCUAUCGAUAUAGAUGCAUAUACAUUUCGUUCAGUAGCGAAGUUUUUGGAGGACAAUAGAGUGCAAAGAAUAAUAAAUGAUAUCCAAAUUGUGGAAAAAAUUAGUUAUUAUCUUAACUUAAUAGAGCAACCUUUAAAGGCAUUAAUUAAUAAUCAUAGUAAUAUCGAUGAUAAUUUUAUUAGAGAAAAUGCAGAAAUUAAUUAUCAUAGUAAUAUCUAUGAAAAUUUUAUAAUAGAAAAAGCAGAAAUGCUUAACAUUAGUUACUAUCAUAAAUUAGAAUUUCUUAACUCAAUAGAACGUCCUUUAAAGGCAUUAAUUAAUAACCAUAGUAAUAGCGAAGAUGAUUUUAUUAGAGAAAAUGUAGAAAUGCUUAAAAGCCUUUUAUUAGAUGAACUACCAUUUAGCAUAUUUCCUGAAUUAUUACAAUUAUUUCUGCCUUUGAAAGAUAUUGAAGUCGUCACUCUGAGAAGUCUUAGGGAUAUGUUAGUUGAAGCAUUUAACAUUUUAAAUGAGACUUCUCAGUACAGUGUGAUGACUCAUCAGUAUCGUUGGGAACUUAAGACCCUCAAAUCCUUUCUGACAUUUUUAAUUAAUUCAUAUCUGAAUCUCCAUCAGAGAGUAGGUUUGUUUUUAGAUCCACAUUCGAAACCAAUUUUCAUUAAUGAUCCAGCGGUUAAAAGGCUUGUGUUAGAUGAAUGCCAAAAUUAUUAUUCAGAAAUCGCCAACAUUUCUGGAAUUAAUUUGAAUAAAUCAAUACAAGACUCAGCACAUGAAGAAUUUGAAUAUUAUAUUAAUCGCUCACAAUUGUUCUAUAAUGAAAGUGAUGAUCUAUGUAAAUGGUGGCAAAAGUCAAAAAAUAUAUAUCCUGGAUUAGCUACACUCGCAGUAAAGUAUUUACCUUUACUAAAAUUAGAUAACGAAGAAGUCCUUUUUGAAAAUAUUGAAAAAUUUUUUGACGCUUACCAGA